GACAGCAUUGAAAACCGAGAACACCGAAAGGAUUUUCUUUCAGUCAUUUGCUGUUUUGACGCCUGAAAUUGUAAGAGGGGUUGAAGUGUUCAAGUUGACAAACUUAACAAUGACAAUCGAUGUAUAUCAGCUACCGGUCAGUGGACCUUGCCGUGCUGUGUUGUCAACAGCGAAUUAUUUGGGAAUAACAGUGAACAAGAUUCAACCAGAUUUUUUGGCCGGAGCAGUAAUGAAACCUGAAUUUCUAAAAAUGAAUCCUCAACAUACUGUUCCUACCAUUGACGACGAUGGUUUCUAUUUGGCAGAAAGUCGAGCUAUUCAAGCUUAUUUGGUGAACAAGUAUUCCCCCAAUCAUCCCAUCUACCCUGAAGACUCCCAGAAAAGAGCCACCAUUGACCGGAUGCUCCACUUCGAUAUUGGAACUCUGUAUAGAGCAGAACUUGAUUAUCUGAUCCCUCAAGUGUACACAGGGGCAGCGCCAGAUCCCGAGAAACUACAAAAGUUCAAAGAUGCAUUGAGCAUAUUUGAAGAAUUAUUAAGCAGAACAGCUUAUGCGGCAGGAGAUCACAUUACAUUGGCAGACAUUUCUAUGAUUUCUAACCUGACGUCCACAGAGGUAAUAGAUUUUGAUUUUAGUGAGUUCCCUAAAGUGUCAUCAUGGAUGCAGAAAAUGAAAGGGGAACUUCCAGACUAUCACGAGACACACGAUGUACCCAUUCAAGAACUGAAAGAGCGUCUGAAAGCGAAGGAUUUGAACGUAGAAGAAAUGUUGAAACGCGUGAAAGGAGAAAAAAAGGAUUAAUUGAGAUCUACUGAAGAAUAUUGAGUCGAAAACAUAAGGGGAAGCUUACUUCUUACUCACCUAUGCCCAUGAACGCCAGAAUGAAAAAAAGAAAAAAAAAUCAUGCUUCUGAAAUAUGAGCACUUACAUAUCUCUUUCUAUCUGGCCACAUUUCCAAAUGACACAGAAAGCUAUGGUGGCUGUCCUUUUUGAUGUCACAUUUCUUUUCAAAUGUUUUACCCCCCCCCCUUAUUAUCAGACUUUACGCCUAACGCCCCGCCCCCCACCCCAUUGUCACACAUCAUGCUAUUUUCCAAACAUAUCGCACCCCGGCAAGGAAAGUGACAACUCAAAAUUUGGAAAAGAGUCUAAAUUUUAUGCUCUUUCAUGCUUCAAAACUCGCACUAAGUUAGCUUACCUAGCUGGUUUAAGAAGUAUGAAUUUAUUAUCUUGAAACACAAAAAUUAAUCAGUAAACAUUGCAAUAUAAUGAUAUCGUUUCCAAAAUUUUAAAAGUAUUUUUUUCUGAAAGAGCAUGAUUAAAAACAUAGGAUCUGACCAUUUUUUGAAUAAUUUAUUUAAGUUUAAUAUUUUUAAAAAAUUACUUAAAUCGGAACGCUUUCAUUGUUUACACUUCUCUCGUGUGACAUCACAAAUGAUGAAAUGCCAUUCAAUGUUGCCAUUCACAGAACAAAAUAUUUAGUUCGCAUCUUUACUCACGUUUAUUGGCAACGAUGUGGUUGAUGGCAAGCGUAGAGCGCAAUUUUAAUUCGCUGCUUGAUUAUCAUAACGUGGAAACGUAGUAGAAAAAUGCGCCAAAUUGCAUCAUUUGUGACGUCAUAAAGACCACGCCUUGUUUGAAAAAUCAGACAUUUUAAAAAAUUAAUUUAAAAAAAAAACUGUUGGGAAAAUCAAAGUAUUUUCUGGGUCCAUGUAAUUAUUUUGUCCAUUCUAUCCAUUUCAAUGACUAAAAGUAGUACUUUUGACUGAAGGAAACCACCCCAUUCUUUUGCGCGUAUUGUAAUACUACAAAAUCGCCCGUCAAGAUAUGACGACGGGUGAAAAUUGCUUCUGCAUUUGAACGAAGAAAUUGCAUGUUUGGUGAUAUUUUGAUAGUUGAAAUUUUAACCCUAACUCCAGUGGAUGAACACUAAACUCCAGUAGAUAGCGUUCAUUGCUGACCACUUUUUCACUUUUUCUUUCCCCCCUAAAUGACAGUCUUACCAGUAAAAGAAUUAAGUGACCGGAUCCAGUUCAGCCUUAUCACAAGAAAGCUUUUCCCCUCUGCAUGUCAAAAAUUACCAAAAUAUAUAUUAUCAAAUUAUUAUGCCGUGGCGCAAAUUUCAUUGUUGAAGACGUCAGGAGCUCUUGGUAAAACCUUGAUCUUCUCCAAUGCUGUUUUUUUUUUUUUUUUUUUCAGUUGAGUCAUUUUCUUAUUUUUUUUGCCGAGGUGCGAUAUUUUCAUUAAAUAAACGUGUAAUGUCAAAUUUACGCCUUCCCUUUCCCUUGUCAUAAACUGCCGCCCCCCAAGUGUGACAUCAUUUUUGGACGGCCCCAUAUUUACAGGGGCCGCUUUUUGCCAGCAGGGAUAAACGAGGUCCAGUAUGGGAGAACAUGUAAAUUUCUGAAAUGAUUUGAAAUUCCAGGUUACAAGUGCUUUUUGAACUCAUUUUACGUGUCUGAAACCUAUAUCCUAGCGAUUUAUUUUCGUUAGGAUAAGAAAUAUAAGUUUGAUGAAGACGAUAAUAACUUAAUAGCCUCUUCUUCUGCACCCGAUCUUGCUCGUUGAUGGGGACGAUUGAAUGUAAGAACGCUAUUUAUAUUCUCCAUUUUUUUCCUGUCACAUUUUAAAUUUACUAACAGUCUAAUAAGUUCUACAGGAAUAAAAAUAUGAUAAAUCUUUCAACAGUUUUGCUGAUGAUGGGAUGCUAACGGGCACAAACACACAUUGCAAUACUGUUUGACCACGGAUUGUAUGUAAUUUGGCAAUCUUCCAAGUAAGGACGACUCCAUCUGAAUGAAUCUAGCAGGGGAUAAGGGAAAUUAGCGAUGGGAUAUUGAUACACGCGGUUUAUAAUGUCACUAGUGCCUUAUUCAUUUAUUGCAUUCUCUAAAACAAAAUGAGGGGAAUCAAAAGUAGUUGCUAUGGGCACACACAAAAAAAAUAAAUAAAUAAAUAAAUAAAUAAAUGUUUUAAUUUUGUUCGGGGAUGUAAAAGCGAAAUGGUAAGUUCAAAACUAUGUUGUGAAUAAAUAGAUCAACAAAUUUUUGUAUUGAGAAUAUUGAUUGAAUAUACUUUAGAUUUUAAAAAUGAAGCCGUGAGCAAAUUUUUAAUUUUUACAUAACUGGGACUAAAUAAUAGAGAGGCAAAAGUGUGCAUCUGUAACAAACCAGCUAACGCCCCUGUAAAAUAAUGGACACAUCCAUUUCCGCCUAUAAACCGGAUAUUAACCUUUCCAUAUAACCGAUGGUCAGAUAGUGACUAAACUAAGAAGGCAAUUAAGGAAAAUGAACACAGAAAUGCUAUACAAAAACCUUUGAAUUAAUCUAGUCUUUUUUUUUUCUUUUUUAGCUUCAAACCAUUUAUUUUGAAAAGUACUAUCAAAAAUAGUUUGUGUUAUCUGAUUAGAAAAGAUUAUGUUGCGAUAGGAAUAUAUUUUUUAAAAAUUACUUUAAAUUUAUUGUCUGAUUUUUUAUCGCUUUAUUUUAGUUUCGUGUAUGUUUUCUCUGCAUCAAUAGAGGCUUUGUAAAGUAAACCCAUUUACAGAUUUCAAUGCGGGGGUUUUAGUAUAUAGCUGAAUAAAUUUAACUCCUUGUGUGUGCAGGGCCUGAUCACGUAAAAAAACUCAGGAAACUAGAGCUUCCCCUCAAAAUUAACAGGGGGGACUAAAAACGACUUAAAAGUUUCAGUUUCUGCUUUUGAAUGUAUUUUUAAAAGUAUUCAAACAUUAGAGCUCGUUAAAUAAAAAUUCUGGAAGAAUUUUAAAAAGCGAGGACACAGUUCAUAAAAUGUGGUUGUACGAUGCUUGUCCGUUCAAUUUAGGUAAAAUUUAAACUGUUACCGAGAACAUCUUAUUUAAAAAUAAUUCUUCCUUUACUUACAUUAUGUACAAAUGCCGCUUCUUGGCCAGCAAACAACUGAAGAGAAUAUAAUGGAAGCUUUGAUUGAAUAUAAUGCAUUAAAUUAAGGUUGUUAAUACAAAAUCAUAGUCCUUGGACGUUAUAAAGAGUAAAUGAAAGGGUUACUUUCCGGUGGUUCCAGUCCGUGGUAUGAAGAAUAGGAACUGUUGAGGUUGACUUUUCCCGAACUAAAAUAGAAGGGCCGGUUCUCAUCCAGCGACCU